AUGUUCACUAGACUCGUUCUUCUAAAUACCCUUAAAAAAGAGCUCAACUAUGAGAUCAGCCUUGACAAUCCAAUCCCUUUUCUAGAGUGGUGGCUUAAGCGCUCAUCAUUUGCAUUACAAGUGAACCAAAAUUCCCCGAAAAUGAGCUUAUUGAAGUUUACGCCACCUUAUAAAAUAGAUAUAGAGUUCUUCUCAAGGCGGCCAAUAGGAAAGGGAGAGAAAAAGGAUGAGCUUGAGAUGGAUGACGGCGAAAUUGAAGAGAAGCCUAAAAUAAUGGAUUCUUCAGAACUUUUUAUUAAUAUUCACAAAGAUGGAAUGCCGCAUUUCACUGCUGAAUGCAUAUCAAUUAACUCACAAAUUACGAUACAUCAUUUGGCGUUUUUACAAUCAAGAUUAAGAGACCCAUCAAAAUUUUUAUAUGACGAUACUCCGAAGGUCGAUUUCAAUUUCUUAAGCCUCCCACUACAAAAUGAUAUAAAGAAUUGGCUACUUAGAAUUGGGAUUGAUGAAGAUAUUGGAAAAUUCAUAGAAAUAAUGGCAUUAGUAAGAGAAAGAGAUCUUUAUAAAAGCUGGAUACACAAAUAUAUGAAGUUUAUAGAAUAA